AAUAUUAUUGAAACAAUUUUCCGGGAAUCACCUCACCUUAAAAUUAUCGAUUUCGCUGGUAGAAUAGCGGGUAUUAUGAUAGACAGUGUUAUAAAAAAUUCGUAAACCUGUUGCAUUUGUUAUAUAAUAUCAACUGAAGGCGAAAAUUUACAUUGUUACACAAAUAAAUAUAAAAUAGUUGCGAAUUUUUCCGCAAAAGUGUUUUCCGAGGAAAUUAUGGACGAAAUAGUGAUGAAAAUUUGUCCAAACUGCAAACGGGAGAUACCUUCCGUGAAUUUCACGAUCCACUCGGUGCACUGUGCUCGCAACAUCAAAGUGUGCCCCGUGUGCAAGGAGCCAGUGCCCCAGAACGACCUGCAGGAGCACCAAGACAAGUACCAUAAGCUAAUGCCGUGCAAGCAUUGCGGCGAGAGCGUCUGCGGCACGGACAUGGAGGACCACAUCCGUGACUCGUGCGGACACACAAUUAAGAGCUGCAGGUACUGCGAGUUAGAACUGCCAAGACACGAUUUACCCACCCACGAGAGCUACUGCGGGGUCCGCACAGAGCAGUGCAAGGACUGCAAGGAGUGGAUCAUGAUCAAGUACAGGCAGGUGCACGUUGACACUAACCACGGCUUCAUACGGCUCGAUGACGACCCAUUACCCCAGUCCAAGAAAGUGAAACCAGAUACCACCAACAUCAGACCGAUAAGUGAUGUGCAAGCCUCUACCUCUAACGGAGUGCGAUCUGACAACGAUUCGAGAACCAAAGCUAGCAGCCCACGUGCCAAUGAGACAUCGAGAGAUAAUACCAACAGCUAUCGAACCGGCGAAAUAAUUGGUGGCAGAAGUGGGAUCAAUGGGAGCGGAGAUGGAAAACAUUCGAGGAGAAUUCGAAGAGCAGAAUACGGAAACUCUUCACGCGAAGCCGAGGGUAACGGAGCCACAGCCGGGACUUCCACGGCAUACAAUACCAGUGACCAGCCGCAGCGGAAGGUCACCAUUCCCCCACUUUGCAUAUACGAGAGAAAUAAUCAUGCGCCUGCGCACCCCGUCCAAGACAGCAGCAACUUGUUGGCGUUAACGCCACAGCAACUCCGGUAUAGCGGCAGGCAACGGCUGGGUACAUCAUCUGCUGCGGGUAUCUCCCCAGGGUUCAGUCCGGUCGCGAAGCCGAGGAUGCUUAACAGCAUGGACUCUCAGAACCGGGAGACAGAGGACAGUCGGGACUGCACGAAUGACCGGUCCUGGGGUCAUUGGAUGAAUGUCAAUGAUUCAGAAUGGGCCGGGCGGAGGCUGGGGAGGGCCGGGACUGCGGACUUGCGCAACGACCUAGGAAACUUGGAACCUAUGUCUGGCGGCGAGUUCAUGGCGCGCUUCAACCAGCUCCAGCUGGGGGGCCCGCCGGCGACCAAGGCGGACCGGUUCAGCGAGAUCAAGACCUCAUUGAGGGAACUCAGGCGAGGACUGAAUGAGGUUACAGCACCUUACAAUUCAUGUGUCACCAACAAUCCUAGGAGCGUGUGGUGCUCGGGCAGCGACUCUUCCUCGGGGAGCCCGCAGGCGGAGGAGCUCCCCUGCGAGUUCUGCGGCGCCCCGGUGCCCGCCGAACACUUGGUGCAGCAUCAGACCGGUUGUCGGCCGGACCUGUGCCGCCCCGGGAGCCCGCCCCCGCCACCGGGGGCUCCCCCGCGCUCCGGGGAGCCCCCCGAAGAGAUCCCGAUGAUACCGUGCGAGUUCUGCACGAGUUCGCUGCCCGUCUACCUCAUCACUGCGCAUCAGGAGCGCUGCAGAAAAAACCCUAAUCUAAGGAACCAAGCUUCGGACUCAGAGUGGUGAGAAUGAAACCGGGUCUAAAGCCAGGAGGAAGAAUUGACCAUAGAAUAGUGUAGGCUAAGUUAUUUUAUAUUAAACUGAAUUUUAAAAAAUCAUAUAUUAUUAUUCUUCUGUUAUUUUUUUUAAGCAUAUGACAAUAAUAUUCUAUACUCAAAAAGUAAGAUUAAAAGGUCCUGGUGGCCAGUAAUUAUGGCUCAAAUAUAUGACUUUUCGAACAGUUUUAAUUGAUUGAUAAUUAUAAGUAUUUUAAAUUAAGUAGAUAUUCAAUAACCUUAACCGAAUUUUGACAGCUGUCAUUGUAAAAAAUCCAAAUCUGACAGAUUUUAAGAUCGGCAAAAAAUCAUAGGUAUAGUCGCAUUGUUUUUAGGUACUGAAAUAAAACUUAAAAAAAUCUCUAUUUUCAUAUUGUGGUUAAAAAUUAUUUUAUGUAUGUCUUUUUGAACAAAAAUAUGUUUCAAGAUUGUUCAUUUUAGCAUCUUAACAAAUGUAAUUUAGGCAUUUUGAUGUUGAUAUUCUCACACUGCACAGAUAAUCGACACCUUUUGUGAGUAUAAUUUUAAAUUUUAUUUUGAUUCCACAUUUACGAAAUUAGUAGUAUGUAGUGCCCUUGUACAAAACUUUCUGUUUAGUUUAAAUUCGAUUUUUAUUUUUUCCCUUGAUUAAAUAAAAAUAAAUAAAGCUCCAGCUUUUUUCAUAAUUAUUCAGCCAGUUCAUAAUUAUAAAAAAAUUAUGUGUAAAAACAUUUAUAACACUUAUUUACUAUUAAAUUAGGAACUAUUAAGUUGGGAUUUGGGAACUGUAAGUAGUUAAAAAAAUGUUAAAUUGCAGUUAUGAUAGAUUUCAGUGGACUAUUGGAUUUUACACAUUUUUAUAGAAAUAUUUGUAAACUAAUACCUAAGUAUCAACGGAUUAAAAGGGUAAAUUUUUUGUAAACGAAUUAUACAAAGAUCUAUUGAGAAUAGUCGUUGUGUGUAGUUUAGUAAAAUGAAUGUAUGUAGUAGUAAAGUUUUAAAUUGUGCCGUGUGGUUCCCGGCACCAUUAGAAACAAAGAAUAGGACCACUCCAUCUCUUUCCCAUGGAUGGCGUAAAAGGUGACUAAGGCAUAGGCUUAUAAACUUGGGAUUCUUCUUUUAGGCGACAGACUAGAAACCUGUCACUAUUUGAAUCUUAAUUCUAUCAUUAAGCCAAACAGCUCUGAACGUGGCCUGUCAGUCUUUUUAAGACUGUUUGCUCUGUCUACUCCGCAUGGAAUAUGGACGUGAUUAUAUGUAUGUAUGUAAGUUUUAAAUUUAAUUAUUUAUUGAUAAAUAUAUCAGACCUGAACUCUCCAUUGGAAGAGAUACGAUGAUCAAUCUAGUAAAAGUUCAUGAAUUUACACUACAUAUCUAACCGUAUCUAUGAGAAUGGAAUACACAAAAAGUUUCAUAAUUAUUAACUUCUGCAUUUAUUGAUACAUCUUUAUAUGCCCAGACACGGCCUAAUAAACUAUCAAAUAAGCAGCUAGUUAAAGAUUUUUAUGGGAAAUAAAGAAAAAUGUAAUUUUUAGACCACAGGCCAGUAAUCCUAGAUCUUUUUAAACUAAAUAAAUAACUUUUUUAUAUUAUAAAUUUUUGUAAACAUGGUAAUAAUGAAUUUAUUAACGUUUUAAGAUAUAUAUUCGUCCAUUUAAGGUAUUUAAGGUUAAUUAAGGCCAAAUAUAUAUUUGAAUAUUCUUCGAUUAGUUGAUGUUUUGUUUAAUUGUAUGUGAGGUAUGUCAAAAAGUAUAAAUGUGAUAAAUAAUAAGAAACUUUAUGUAUGUGCCAAUAAAUGUUAUUUUAUUAAUGUAAUAA